AGAGCAGAGUGGGGGGCGGGGGGAUGGGUCAGGCCUUGGGGACCCGCCAGCCCCCCAAGGACCACAAAGGGCACCCGAAAACUGAAGCGCCAGAGGGGGCAAGUAAGAAGACAUUAUGUUGGAUAGCAGAAAGAGCUGUAGAGUUUGCAGAUAUCGAGUGUGGCCUUAAUAAGUAUGUUGACAACAUCAAUGUCAGCCAGGUGGCAUAUGUGUCUGGUGGCUGCCAUAUUGAGAAUGCAUUUCUGGAAGAUGAAGAGAACUAUGACACUAUAAGUUUAAUUAAAAGGUCCUAUUACUGCUGGAUUGUGCAAGAUAUUUAACCCUGUUUUCUUUGAGGUAUGACUUAAGUUCAAACAUCCUAAAUACAAACAGGGAAACAUUUUAGUUUUGAAAGUCAGAAUGCCAAGGAAAAGGAAAAAUCUUGGGGGAAAUCCUUUUCGGAAGACUUCAAACUCUAAGGAAGUUGUAUCCAGUGUUGCUAGUCAUGAGGAGGCAACCACUACUCUCCCUUCCAUGUGUGAGACAAAAAUUAAUCAGGAGGAACUCUUCACCAGUAUGUCAGAGAUGUUUUCUGAUCUGGAUCCUGAUGUAGUGUAUUUGAUGCUUUCUGAAUGUGAUUUCAAAGUUGAAAAUGCCAUGGAUUGUCUAUUAGAAUUAUCUGCCACUGAUGCCACGAUAGAAGAAUCUCCUUCAAAAAGCUGCAUUGCUUCUGGGAACCAAGUCAGUGCAGUGGGAAGUGAAAUAAUGGAAAAGUGCCCUCAAGAAGAGAUUGAAGAUUCAAAAAUGGAUUCAUUUUUGGACAUGCAGCUAACUGAAGAUUUGGAUUCCUUAAUACAGAAUGCUUUUGAGAAAUUGAACACUUCUGAUGACCAGGCAUAUUCAUUUUUGCCUUUGCAAGAUGUUAAUAGUUUUAGUGGCACAAAUGCAUUUAUAAAUUUGGAUUCAAGUAGUAUGACUUCCAUUCUUUCUACACAAAAUACAGAUUUGAGCAAUGAAAAUUUAGAGAAUUCUGCAUCUAUAUUAAAUUCAAACCCCUUAACUUCACAUUCAGCUUCUAAUGAGUCUGAAAGUUUUAUAAAGGAUAACACCUUGACAUUGGAAGAUUCUCUUCUCAGUAAUUCUCUAAAUGUAGCAAAUGAGACUACCGUGGACUGCAGUAAUUUUAGUCAUCCACAGAAAGACCUAUUAGAAUCUGAGGGUUUUGAGGUUCAGUUUUCUCAAGACCCUGUAGAUUUGGAUGCCAACAAACCUCAGGCACCUUUAAACCUCACUUUGCAAAAUCCAGCGCUUGGUUUACCAGGUAUAGCUGGGGAUCAGAAAUCUACUUCUGUUCCUGAUGUGUUUGUACCACCUGAAGAAUUUAGUUUCAAGCCACACAAACACGCUGACCUGGUACCAACGGGGAAGGAUGUGAAUUACUGCCCAGUACUUACCCCUCUCCCUCUGCUGCUGCCUCCUCCUCCACCACCUCCGCCAAUGUGGAAUCCAAUGAUUCCUACCUUUGACCUCUUUCAAGGAAACCAUGGCUUUGUAGCUCCUGUUGUAACCACAGCUGCACACUGGAGACCUGUCAACUAUACUUUUCCAUCACCAGUUAUUUCCCCAACAAAGGUUUGGAGGAAUAAAGAGGGAACAAGUGCUUAUCAAAUACAGGAAACUCCAGUUUCUCAGGUUGUAAGAAAGAAGACAUCUUAUGUUGGACUAGUUCUUGUUCUUCUCAGAGGGCUUCCAGGAUCAGGAAAAUCUUUUUUGGCAAGGACUUUGCAAGAGGAUAAUCCAAGUGGCAUCAUUCUUAGUACUGAUGAUUAUUUUUACAUAAAUGGACAAUAUCAGUUUGAUGUAAAAUACUUAGGAGAAGCACAUGAGUGGAACCAGAAUCGUGCCAAAGAGGCAUUUGAGAAGAAAGUAUCUCCUAUAAUAAUAGAUAAUACAAACUUACAGGCAUGGGAAAUGAAGCCAUAUGUUGCUUUGUCUCAAAAACAUAAAUAUAAAGUCCUUUUUCGGGAACCAGACACAUGGUGGAGGUUCAAACCAAAGGAACUUGCAAGGCGGAAUAUUCAUGGGGUAAGCAAAGAAAAAAUAACAAGAAUGUUGGAGCACUAUCAGCGUUUUGUUUCAGUGCCAAUAAUCAUGAGUUCUUCAGUUCCAGAGAAAACUGAGCGUAUUGAAUUGUGUGCAUAUUCUUCUGAAGACAGAAGUAUGAGCCCAAGAGACAAUGAAGAUAUUACCUCCGAGAAAGAAAAUGUUUUAUCCUCGUCUUUGAAGCACCUAGAGUUAAUUGAAGAGAAGAAACCUGAAGUGACUCAGGAAGCUGUGUUAUCUGAGAAUGUUAUAUACCUUCCAAAUGCAGAUUUAAACAAAGGAAGUAAAGAAAUAAGUGGUGUGAAUCCUGACAUUCAGAGUGCUUUCAUUCCGGAAGUUUCAGACAUGUAUUUUUCUGAUUCUGAAAGUAAAGUCCAAGUAACAGACAAAAGUGAAAAAGAGGAGCAAGUAGAAAUGACUUCCGAAAAAGAUUAUAGUAAAACCGACACAGGUGGUUUUGUAGAGAACUUGUCACCAAGCAUAUGCUGUGGUGAAAAUAACCUAGAAGACUGUGACCUUUCAAAUAUUGUAGCACUUCAAAAUGAAAAAUCUUCAUCUGGUAAAAUAUUGGAGGACCGAGUAAUGUUAAAGAAAAAAACCUUUGGAAAACAAAAAAGCAAAUCAACUUUGGAAAAGUUCCCAAGACAUGAGCUAUCAAGCUUUGUUGGUGACUGGCCAGUUGAUAAGAGUAUUGGUCAGAGGAUAAAAAGGAACCGAAAAACUGAAAAAGGUUCACCUGUGCAAAGUGACAAAAAGUAUAAUCGACCUCAGUCACGCAAAGUAUUAGAUAAUAGUCUGUCUGUGAAUUUAGAUCAUGUCCAGCAACAAGUAUCUCCACAUGAAAGUGUAGAGAAUGACAAGAAAUCACAGUGUGAUGAUACCUCAGAUUCUUUCAAUAGUAAAUAUGAUACUUAUAAAAAUACUGAAAAAACCUCAUUCAGCAUUGUGGGUGACUGGCCUUCACCUGAUUCUUUAGCUCAGAGAGAGCGCAGAUCAAGAAUGCCAAAAGCUGGUUUAAAUGAACCUGACCUAAAAUUUGGAACUAAUGACAGUAUGAAUGAAAUAUCCUUAUAUACAGCACAUGAGGCCUAUUGGGGCACAAGCACUGAAGAAAUGAAAACAUUGGGUGAGUCUGCUCUAGGAAGUUCUGAAAGACUUUCUAAUGAAAUGACCCAUGGCAAUAAGACUUACCCAGGUAAAACAGUUCAUGGGCAACACACAUUUUCUCUUACUUUAGUGAAUAAUGGGCCAACUAUUCCUGGAGUAGUAGGAUCACAAACUUUAGGUGAUUUUCCAGAAGGAAAGCCUAAAGAAAUCUCUGAACUAGAAGUAGGUAUGUGUACCCAGACUGAGCCACAGGAUUUUGCUCUUUUAUGGAAAAUAGAAAAGAAUAAAAUUAGUGCUUCAGAAUCUGUUAGAGUAUUAACAGGAAGAUUAGAUGGAUUUAAACCAAAAUCUUUAAAUAUUAACACAAAAUUACAUGCUCAAGAAACAAUUCCAUAUAGGGUAAUGUAUGAUAAAAGCACCUAUGUUGAAGAAAGUGAGCUUACCAGUGCUGAUGAAUCUGAAAAUCUUAACAUUCUUUGUAAACUGUUUGGAUCUUUUUCAUUAGAAGCCCUAAAAGACUUAUAUGAGAGGUGUAACAAAGAUAUUAUUUGGGCCACAAGCCUUUUAUUAGAUUCAGAAACUAAAUUAUGUGAAGAUAUAGAAGUUGAAAAUAACCAAAAACCAUCUGAUGAAGGACAAAUUGGACCAUUUUCUCUGGGAUUGAAUUUGAAGGAAGUUAUUAGCCAAAGAGGAAUCCUAGAGGAUUCUAAUUCUUCUAUGCUAGAAUUUAGCUAUGGCAUUGGUAUCAGUGAUACUAAUGUACAGUCUAUCUGUGAUUCAGAAAAGGGAAACACAGAACAGGCAGAAACAAGAGCUAUAACUAAUGAAAAAUCUGGAUUAAUAGCAAAUAUAUUUCCUAAUGUCACUAUAGAUCUAAAUACAAAUGAAGCACUUCCUAAUAGUCAAGCAGAACUUUCAGGUUUAUAUAACAUUGAGCAGCCUUUUCCAGGUACUUUUAAAGUUACCACUUCUCAAAACAUAAGUGAAAUGGAAAAGAAUCUGGAAGUCACAGAGGUUGGAGACAACAUACAUUCUUUGAGUUUGUCUGAUAUUUUAAAUUCUGUAUCAAGCGCUUCAGAUCUUGAAUUAAACAAAAAAAUUUGUUUUACUGACUCUUUUGAAAUAAAGAAAAAUGAAAAUCUUCCAAAGGAUUAUGUGAAACUUUCUAACACAGAAGAAUUUAUGAAUGAAGAGGAACAGGAUAUGGAAAAAAUUUUAAUGACCGGGAGUACUUUGUCAGCUGGAAUUAGUGAGGAAGAUAAAACUGAAAUGUUGAAUCCCACACCAGUGAUGGCCAAGUCUCUAACCAUAGACUGUCUAGAACUGGCAUUACCUCCUGAAUUGGCUUUUCAGCUUAAUGAAUUAUUUGGCCCUGUUGGUAUUGAUUCUGGUUCUCUAACAGUUGAAGAUUGUAUUGUACAUAUAGAUCUGAAUCUUGCUAAAGUAAUUCAUGAGAAAUGGAAAGAAUCUGUGAUGGAGCGACAAAGACAAGAAGAGGUAUCCUCUGGCAAGUUUAUACGAGAUCCUUUCCAGGUUGGGCAUAUUGGUCUUGAUAAUCCUGAACAAAAAUCAUCUCAGAAAACAGGCAAAAAAUUACUGAAGACUUUAGCAGCACCAGAAAUGCUGUCCUUAUCGGAUCAUUGGAAUACUCAAACUAAAAAAGUAUCACUCAGAGAAAUAAUGUCAGAAGAAAUUGCCUUACAGGAAAAGCAUGAUUUGAAAAGGGAACCGCUUAUGUUCGAAAAAGAUUGUGCCACUAAACUAAAAGAGAAGCAGCUUUUUAAGAUAUUUCCAGCCAUUAACCAAAAUUUUCUAGCAGACAUUUUCAAGGACCACAACUAUUCAUUAGAACACACAGUGCAGUUUCUAAACUGUGUUCUUGAAGGAGAUCCUGUAAAAACAGUUGUAGCACAAGAGUUUGUUCAUCAAAAUGAGAAUAUUGCUUCUCAUACGGCACAGAAAUCUAAGGAGAAAAAGACAAAGAAAUCAAAAGAGACUGAAGAUAUGCUAAAUGAGCCAUCUUUCCAGGAUUUUGAGUAUCCAGAGUAUGAUGACUAUAGGGCAGAGGCUUUCCUGCACCAACAGAAGAGGAUGGAAUGCUACAGCAAGGCAAAAGAAGCUUAUCGGAUGGGGAAAAAAAAUGUCGCUACAUUUUAUGCCCAGCAGGGUAGUCUCCAUGAGCAGAAGAUGAAAGAAGCCAAUCACCUUGCUGCUGUGGAGAUCUUUGAGAAAGUCAAUGCCUCCCUGCUGCCACAGAAUGUUUUAGACCUCCAUGGGUUGCAUGUGGAUGAGGCUAUAGAACAUUUGACGACAGUUUUACAGCAGAAAACUGAAGAAUGUAAGCAGAGUGGAGGUAAGCCCUAUCUUUCUGUGAUUACGGGAAGAGGAAACCACAGCCAGGGAGGAGUUGCUCGCAUCAAACCAGCCGUCAUUAAAUACCUCACAAGCCAUAGUUUCAGGUUCUCUGAAAUUAAACCAGGGUGCUUGAAAGUCAUGCUAAAGUAAAAUAAAUGUCCUUGACUUAGAAGUGUGAAGGUUUGUAGGUUAGAAUUAGUUUUAUUUGCAGUAAUUUAGUCAAUUUUACAGUAAAUGAGUUUUAUUAGAAAUAAUGUCAUUAUAAAACAGAAAAACAUGAUGAUGUUUUUCAAAAUGCAAGAAUUUAAUUUUUUACUAAAUUAAAUACCAAAUAUGUUGUCUGUUAAAAAUGUUAGAGGUUUUUAUUGAUUACAAAAUGUCUAAGAAAAUUAACAGCUGCAGUUUUUAAAGUUUGAAGUGCUCUGAUUCUCUCGGAGAGAAAAUGUUACCUUUGUAGUAAUUGUUUAACCUUUACUAAAAUUCUAAUGACUUCCAUGAAAGGUAUUUAACAUGCUAUGAGACCUGGUUAGUAACCUUCAAAGACUUGUGAAAAAAGAAGAAAUAGAAGGAGUAAUGUUAGUAAGGAGAUAAAACAAAAACUCUUGAAUGUGUUUUGAUUUCAAAACUAAAUACAUAAAAAUCAUUUUAUUAUAUCCUGCAGAAAGGAAAACAUAGUAUUGUACUUUUUUCUGUUUUGUAUAUGACCUUUUAUUCCUUUCUUUUGUGUGUUUGCAUUUUCUGGGAGGAAAGUUGGGAUCUGAGAUUAUAUUGCAGUUUUAUACCUUCUAUCGACUUAAAAGAUUUGAGAGAAGGAGAAAUGGUUAGGUAUCAACCAAGUGUUGCUGUUUUAUAGAACUGCUUCUAGAACUGUGUAUGUGGUAUUCAGGACAGUGUUAAAGAGCUAUAUUUUAUAUUUAAGGCAUGUAACUUCUAAACAGCAGUAAAUCAGAAUCCUGUUAACUUAAAUGUAGAAAACAUUUUUUAUAUAAUCAUAAAAGGAAUCCUUACAUCUUAAAAUUUUUUUACGUUUAUUUUUAAAAGUCAACUUUCUGAAGGGAAACUUUCAUUAACUUUUGUUUUUUUUUGUGAACUAAAAUGUCCUAUUAGUGUGUUAAUUAUAUUUUCACUUACACAGGUUUAAUGUUGUAAAGUAUAAUUUUCCAAUAUGAGGCAGUGGCUUAAAUAUAUUUGACUUUGGAAUGGAGAAUGUUUUCAGCAUAUAUAACUUUAGCAUACAAUUGUGUUGCUUUUUGAUAUGCUUAAAAAAAUCAUUUAGAUCAAAAAUGGUGGAAUUUGGGCUGUUGCUGAAAGAAUCCUGAAUUACUGAAUGAUUUCCCAAAAGAACAAACAUUACUUGAAAAUAAAAUUCAAAACCAUGUUUUUUUUAUAAAUCACAAAAGCAUGCUUUUAAUGAGGAGCUGUAUUAUUGAAUUUUAUUUCCACACACAUUGUUUUUUAUUUAGAAAUGGUUAGUCAUUGGCAUUGAAGUAUUGUUCACAUUCUUUUUUUGUAAUUGUUAAAAGAAAAAAGCCAACAGUUUGACAUGUUUUUGUAAUGCCUAGAAGAAUUGUAUAUAUUAAAAAUAAAAGUAAUUCUUUUAAAAAGUUAUUACAAAACUGUAAUUGUUAGUUAAUGAAGUAUUUCUAUAUAUAAAUCAAUCUGAUUUAAGAGAUCUGAAUAACAAUACUAAAACCUGGAGUUAUUAGAGUAUGUGCAGCUGCAUACUCACUCUUUGUGCUUUUGUAUUUCCUCACUCAGUUUAAAAAGAUCAUCUCUUUUUGACCACUUCAGCUAGACUUAUUUCAAUAUUAUAAUUAAUGUGAAGCAGUGAAAAAGAACAAAUGAGGUAUUUUGUGGGUAGAAGUCAAAUGUAAGAAGCUAUGCUUUUAUACUUUAUUAACUUUAAUUUUAUGUCUUAUUUUGGUAAAUCUAGUGAUAUUUCUUAAUCAUUAUUUAUAAAUACAUAGGCAAAUUUUGAGCAUCAUAAGUGUUUUAUGAAGUUGUUUAAUCCUAAACUGCCUCCCAUCCUACUAUCUGACAUAAUUUAAGUGACGCAUAAUUAUGAAAGAAAAUUUUAUAAUCUCUCCUUUCUUGUUAUGCCCAUUUCUAAAUCACAUAUGCCAAAUGUAAAGAUAGUUUGGGGAUUAUCAAAUUUUUCUCCUUGCUCAUGUCUAAAUAUUCUGUGUAUCAAAGCAAAGAGUGUAUGAAUUAUCUAAGUUUUCAUGUACUAGUGUAUUUGUGCCAACACAUGACUCUUUAGAGGGCUGUUCCCAAGAGUGUUAGUAUUUUAAAAGUACAACAUUUCUGUAUUUUGAAGGUUUUAGUAACAGUUUUAUCCUUUCAGUGGUCUCUUAACAAUAUCUACAAGGGGAAUAAAGAGAACUAAUGUGAAAUAGGACUGAGGGGAUUCUUAACAGUAUUUUAAAUCCAUUCACUUCCUUGAUUCAACAUGAGAAAUAGAAGUGGGUGGCCUUAUAUUUAUUGGCUGUUCAUAUCUCUGUUAUUUUUAAGUUGGUAUUUUUUAACUUAUCAGUGUUUUUAUACAUUUGCAAUUCUAUAGCCUUUAAAUAUAGGACAUAUAGUGGAAAUCCUAACAUUCUUUAAACUGUGUAUUCUAACAUCUUUUGAGAAGACAAGCUAAACAGUACUGUUGGAUUGUUUCCAGUCCUUUGUUUCAGUCUUUUUCUUUUUAAAUUCUUAUUUUUUGUAUGUUUAGAAAAAGGACACAUAUAAUAGUAAGACUGAAUUAUUUCUGAGCUGGAAAUUGGAAACCUUGAACUCAGGAAAUUGCUUUGACAAUGUUUUAACUGCUCUCAAUUAAAAAAAAAAUGACAAUGUAUAUAUAAAAAAGACAAAAAUGAUGUGUGCUGUUUUUUCCAAGUGCUUUUUCUAAGUGCUUUUCCAUUGUGCAAUGAGGUGAAGUUUGAUAAUUUUUCUGUGUGGUGGUUAAAUAUUGCUUAUUUUUGUUUACAUGGUAAAGAAGAAAACAUCUAAAUGUUUGUGUGGCCAGAAGUGCCAUUUAAAAGGUAAAAGUAAGUUUUGUAGAAUGUAUGUUAAUGGUGCUUAUUUUUAAAGUGUAAUUCAAGUUUACAGUAUUGCUUAAUGCCUCUUUACAGAAUUUAAUAGAGAAACAGGCUAGAAACACAUCUACAUUUUCAAGAGCCUUUUAUAACUUCACAUUAUAUGAUAACAAAUUAUAUUAUUUUCCUUAAAGUUGAGCGAUUGACUUUAAUGGUCCAAAUGAUGAACCUGUUAUUAACAAAUGAUUGAAUUAACCAUCAGACUUCUUGUUAAAAUACAAUAUUGCAGCUGUCUUAGAGAAUAUAUUAUAAAAAUGUCAGCCAGUAUACCAGAAACAAAAUGUUUUUAUUUGUACUAUAAAAAAAUGUAAUUUUGCUGUUAACUGUACUUUUUUAUUAAAAAUGUUUUAUAACUUUGCUUUUAAAAUUUCUUAUGAAACCAUUUGCAAAUUACAUACUUAAUUUAAUAAAAUACUUUAGCCACAGUCCAGUGUGAGGAAA